AUGAGCUCGACACCCAUCUCGGUGGAGGCGUUGACGCGCCUGCUGCGCGAGAAUGUCACCAAACGGCACCUAGUGUCGGGGCUGGGUAUUCUCGCAUCUGUCGGGGCCGGCGUCUACCUCACCCGAAAGCGAGUAAAUCAGAUGGAAGCCGAGAAGGAGCACAGGGCGCAACAAGAUGCACUUGAGGAGGCAACAACUGGAGUGGUGGUGAAGGCCAAGCCCCAGUUCAAUCGCCAGCAGUUCUACAAGCGCCUUGGGCGGCUCCUCCGCAUCGUGCUGCCUUCCAUCUACAGCAAGGAAGCGGGCAUUCUUGGCAUGCACACGUUCUUCUUGUUCACCCGGACCCUGCUCAGCAUCUACGUUGCCUACAUCGAUGGUCAAAUCGUCAGGUCCAUCGUGGGUCGCUCCCCCUUCGCUUUCAUGUGGCUGCUGGCCAAGUGGCUCGCUCUCUCGGUUCCCGCCGUUUACACCAACUCCAUGAUCAAGUACUUGGAGGACAAGUUGGCCAUCGCCUUCCGCACGCGGAUGUCGGACCACCUGUACCAGAAGUACAUGGAGUCGGAGACCUACUACCGCGUGGGCAACCUGGACAGCCGGCUGACCAACGCCGACCAGUGCCUCACCGAGGACGUCUCCAAGUUCAGCUCCCACCUCGCCUCCCUCUACUCCCAGCUGUCCAAGCCCAUGUUCGACGUCCUGUGGGUGCUGAUCACGCGCCAGGCCGGCUUCAUGAGCGGCCUGCCGCCUCUGGCGGGCGGCGUCAUGUGCGUAUGGCUCACCAGCAAACUGCUGCGCCGUAUGUCACCGCCCUUCGGCGCCCUCGUCGCCAAGCAGGCCGCGUUGGAGGGCCAGCUGCGGUUCGUGCACAGCAGACUGAUCACGAACGCCGAGGAGAUCGCGUUCUACCGCGGGCACAAGAUCGAGCACGGGGUGAUCGCCCGGAGCUACUACGCGCUGGUCAAGCACAUGAACCUCAUCUUCCAGCAGCGCGUGUUCUACACCAUGCUCGAGGGCUUCCUCAUGAAGUACGUGUGGAGCGCCAUCGGCAUGAACAUCAUCGCCUUCCCCACCUUCCUCGCCGACUACAAGCAACAGAAAAUCGAAAAAGCCACGGGUACUGUGGAGGGACUUUCGUCGAUGGGCGACCGCACGCAGAACUACAUCGUGGCCCGCAAGCUGCUGCUCGACAGUGCCGACGCCGUGGAGCGCAUCAUGCUUGCCCAGAAGCAGAUCAGCGAGCUCGACGGCUACGUCACGCGCGUCACCGACAUGCUUGACGUGUUCGAGGAUAUGCACGACGGCAAGUUCGUCAAGACAAUGAUCAACAACGUGGACGACGAUGACGACGGCGCAAAGGCAAAGCGCAUCAAGGGUGAACCCGACGGAGAGGACAGCGAUGAGGACGAUGCGGAAGAAGAGUCGACCACCGUGAAAGAGAAGCGGAUCCGACACCACGACAACGGGCCUGCGGAGCCACUCGAUUUGACCAAACCCCAAGGCGUCGUGCAGGAGGCCGACUACAUUCAAUUCGACAAGGUGCCGAUCGUGUCGCCCAACGGAGACGUGCUGGUGGAGAGCCUCUCGUUCGAGGUCACCCCGGGCCGCCACCUGCUCAUCACGGGUCCCAACGGCUGCGGCAAGUCUUCGCUCUUCCGCAUCCUCGGCGGUCUGUGGCCGGUGUACCGCGGUUCGGUGGUGAAGCCGAGCAUCUCGGACAUGUUCUACAUUCCCCAACGCCCCUACCUCGCCAUCGGCUCGCUGCGAGAUCAGGUCAUCUACCCGCACACCGUCCAAGACAUGCACAGCGCCAACAUCACCGACAAGGAUCUGGACGACAUAAUGGAGUGGGUGAACCUCACCAAGGUGGUCGUCCGGGAAGGCGGCUGGGAUGCCGUGAGCGACUGGAAGGACGUCCUCUCCGGCGGCGAGAAGCAGAGGGUGGCGAUGGCGCGUCUGUUCUACCACCGGCCCAAGUACGCCAUUCUCGAUGAGUGCACCUCGGCCGUCAGCGUCGACGUCGAGGGCAAGAUGUAUGCCCACGCCCAGGAUCUCGGCAUUACGCUGUUGACGGUAACGCACCGACCGUCGCUGUGGCAGUACCACAACUACCUGCUGCAGUUCGACGGCGAGGGCGGCUGGCAGUUCCUGCCCCUCAACGCCACGGCGCGCAUGGGGCUCAAGGAGGAGAAGAUGCGGCUCGAGGCCCAGCUCCAGGGCAUGCCCACCAUGCACAAGCGGCUGCGCGAGCUCUGCAACCUCCUCGGCGAGGACUCCAUCGCCCUCCAGCAGGAGUAG